AUGACAAUUAUAGAUGAAGGGCAGUUAACUGCAGCUAAUGCAUUAGCCGAUCUAGAUUCAACCUUUAAAGAUGACAAUCCUGAAUUGGUCAUUGCUUAUUCAAAUAUUCAAUGGGAUGACAUAAUUUCUUUGAAUACGAUGGUUGAGGAAGUUGAAAAGGUUGUAUUAAAAUAUAAAUCUCCUAACGCUAAAAUCAAGAAUAGCUUAACUUUGAUGAUGAGGCAGCUGCUGCAAAAAUAUCCUUUAUUCUUUGGUUAUUGGAAAAAAUAUACUGCUAUCACAUACCAACUGUUUGGAUUAGAUGCAUCAAUCAAAGUUUUGAAUGAUGCAACUAUAGCUUUUCCAAACUCUUUAGAACUUUGGCUAGAUUAUUUGAAUGUUCUUUGUGCCAAUAACCCAGAAAGUGUUAAACUCAUACGGGAGAAAUUUCAAGCUGCAAAAUUAUCUAUUGGGCAUCAGUUUAUGUCAGAUCCCUUUUGGGAUAAAUAUAUUGAAUUUGAAACAGCCCAUUCUGAAUGGGAAAAGUUAAAGGAUAUAUAUUCUGAGUUAAUUACUUACCCAAUAUAUCACUAUGCGAAAUAUGGUAUUGCAUAUAAGAAAUUCAUUAAGUUACAAAGAAUGAAUAUACAGGAAAGCAAUGUUGAUGCACAAAUCAAAGCUACACAGGGUAUUGUAAAUGCAAUUUGGAAAUAUGAAAAUAAGAUUAAACAAAAUUUUUUCAACUUAACACCAGUAUCAAAGGGAGAACUAGAAAAUUGGGAUGGAUAUUUAACUUUCUUAGUGACUAAUAAAAAAAGAUUUGGUUUUUCCUUAAGGUUUUUACAGUCUGUAUUUGAGAGAUCCCUUAUACCAUGUCAUUAUUAUGAAUAUUUCUGGAAUAAGUAUUUGGAUUUUUUGAAAACAGAGGAUAUCGACAACCGAGAAAUUAUCGAAACUUUAUACAAAGGUAUUAAAACGCUACCUGAAGAUAAUGAUUCUUUUCGAAUUAAUUAUUUAUCAUUUUUAAAGGAUAGAUAUUUAACAGAUAAAGACUUUAUUUUUUCUACAUUUCAGAAGACGGUUGGAUACUUACUAAGAAUUUGGCCAAAUGAAAUUAAGCUCAUGACUGAAUAUUUGUCUUUGCUGAAGAAGCAUAAAUUCCCAUCAGAUUUGAAUCAAUCAGAUAAGGAUAUUUUGACUCAGCAAACUUUAUAUACAUCUUUUUUACAUGUGGCAAUAGAUAAUUAUUUGAAGAAUAAUAUUGAUGAUGAAGUGUAUUUGCAGAGAAUUACUACUGAUAUAACAUUUCCUAUCAUUGCUGUUGAAUUAAUAAAAAUGAAUUGGUUAGUAUUGAAAAAUACAAUGCAGACAAUAAAACUAUUAACACAAUUUAUGAAAUUACAAAUUUUGAAAUCAUCCUCAACUUUCUGGUUAACAUAUUACAAGUUUGAAAAAUCAAGCAAGAAUUUCAAUAAAUUAAAUGUAUUUGUAUCCCAACUUGGGAAAGAAAUUAACUUACCUACUGAAGUUAUAAAUGAUAUAAUGACAGACUACCAAACAUUUUAUUUAACUAAUUCUAAUAUCGCAAGCCAUCAAUUUACUAGCUCGAGUAGACGUAAAAAUAAUGAAACUUCAACAUAUUUGUUUAAAAAACAGAUAAUUUCUUAUAAUAAAUAUGGGUUUAACCCAAAUAUUAAAAAAUUCAAAAGAUCCGAAUGGAAUAAGCAAACAGAUUUUAAAGAGAAUGGUCACUUAGGGAUAAUAUUGGAUAAACCACAAAUAACAAAUUCAAUUUUGGAGGUUCAAUCAAAAGCUUUUAAAAACAAACCACCUAGUCUGCCAUCCUUUAAGAAUAUUGAUAAAUUAAAUCAACCCAUUAAAUAUAGUAACAUAAUAUCCAAAGAAUACAUAGAUAAAAAGUAG